GUAGUUCUUGACCUGAUGGAGAGUGAUUUGCAUCAGAUCAUCCACUCACCACAACCUCUGACUCCAGAGCACACUCGCUAUUUCCUGUAUCAGCUGCUUCGGGGCCUGAAGUACAUCCACUCAGCCAAUGUGAUCCACCGUGACCUCAAGCCCUCCAACUUGCUGGUAAAUGAGAACUGUGAGCUUAAGAUUGGUGACUUUGGUAUGGCCCGCGGCCUGAGCACCGCUCACUCCGAGGAGUCACGUUCCUUCAUGACUGAAUAUGUGGCUACAAGAUGGUACCGUGCACCGGAGCUAAUGUUGUCUCUGCACCACUAUAGUCUGGCUAUUGAUAUCUGGUCAGUGGGCUGCAUCUUUGCUGAGAUGCUGGGUAGAAAACAGCUCUUUCCAGGGAAGCAUUAUGUACAUCAGCUGCAACUUAUUCUCUCGGUGCUUGGUACACCUCCUGAGAGCAUUAUUGGAGCAAUAGGAGCUGAGCGAGUGCGUUCAUACGUGCAGAGCCUCCCCUCUCGGGCACCCGUGCCUCUCUCCAGGUUGUACCCACAGACAGAGCCAGCAGCACUGGAGUUACUGAAUGCCAUGCUACGCUUCGACCCUCGUGAGCGGAUCAGCGUGUGCCAGGCCCUCGAGCACCCUUACCUUGCAAAGUACCACGACCCAGAUGACGAGCCCGUGUGCGUGCCCGCUUUUGACUUUGAGUUCGACCGGCAGCCGAUGGGUAGAGAACAGAUCAAAGAGGCCAUACUGGCAGAGAUUCAGGACUUUCACCGCAAAAAACAAGGCAACAAGAAGAGGAUCCAGUUCAAGCCCUUGCAAAGACAAAACACUAAAAGUGAAACCACCUGUCAGGAUGUGGACAUGCCCAGUGCAAAUUCUGAAGGCCAACCAGAGACUAUAGAUCUGACCACUCCUACUUCUAGCCAAGGCACGCCUCCCUCUGAACCAAUGAAAGAGUGCCAAAAGAGGGAGGGGGCUGUCUUUUCAAAUCAGGUUACCUCAGCACAUGCAAGUCAGAACCUCUCUCUUUCUCAACAGCCUUCUACUUCUCUUCCCUCUGCUUUCUCUCAGUCUGUACCCUCACUUUCUCUCUCUCAGUCUCAAGCUCAGUCUCUUUCCCAGUCCCUGUCUCGCUCUCUGGGAAAGGCAGGAAAAGCGUCAACUGGAAAUGGCGAGGUCACACGGAAGGAGGGGGCAAUAUCUGAUGAUACGAAAGCAGCCCUCAAGGCCGCCUUGCUUAAGUCGGCCCUCAGACAUAGAGCACGGGAUGGGAGCUCUGCAGCACUGGGUAUAGAUAUAGGAGGAGGAGGAGGAGUAAUGGGAGGAGGAGGAUCAUCAUCUUCCCUCUCUUCAACUCUGUCACUUCCUGAAAUGAAGAGGCCUGUCACUGCUCAGGAGAGACAGAGAGAAAGGGAGGAGAAGAGAAGGAGGCGGCAAGAAAGAGCAAGAGAGCGUGAGAGGAAACUGAAGGAAAAAGAGAAAAGGGAGGGAAAACGGGGUGAGUCUCUGGGUGGGGUGUUACUUAGUGACAAUGACAAGAAGCUACUGGAACGCUGGGGAAGGAUGAUGGAUUGCCGAAAUGACAAAUCUCAAACCACAGAGAACAAUGGUGCUAAAUCUUAUGACAGUAAGAAGUCCUCCUGUCACAACCAAGCAGGUUCUGGAAGGAAUCUAGUUAAAAGUGCCACAGAUACAGGGGAAUCGCUCCCUCCUAAACAGGUAAAUGAGACACAGAUCCUUAAACCACGCCAACAACUGGUGCCUCAGAUUGGACAGUGUAGGCCUCCUGGCGGCCCGUCUCAGCAGUGUUUAAGUCUUCCUGAUACAGGGCAGCCAGAGACCAGUGGAACCCCAGACAUCAACACCGUCACAUUGCAGCUCUCAAAGUCACAGGUUGAGGAUAUUUUGCCCCCUGUAUUUUCAAUGACACCUAAAGGGAGCGGGGCAGGUUAUGGAGUGGGCUUUGACCUGGAUGACCUCUUCACUCAGUCACUCACCGAACUCCAGCACUCUGACCACAGAGAAAGCCACAAUGACUCAGCCCCCCUCUCUGCAUCCCUUCUCUCUGAUUGGCUGGAGGUACACCGCAUGACCCCAGCUGACCUGGAAUCACUCCAACAAGAGCUACAGCUUGGAUCUCCAAUGAUACUCUCUGACAACCCUAAUCUUCCAGACACCUGAUUGCUCCAUCUCCUCAUGUCUGUUGUUUCUCUCCCUCUCUCCCAAACAAAGGUGAAAAGUAAACAAAGAACCAUUUUGAUGCCUGAGCAUAGGACAUGUAGUGCAAGGUAGAGUAGAGACUGAAUUGAUGUUGCAUCAAUUGCCUCUAGUAGUAGUAAACAGUAGUGACAGUGAUGACAACUUUGUGCAUCUGAUUUUACACCAGCACUUUUAGCUAUUUGUUGGUCUUAAGUGAAGAAUUAAAGGGAAAAGACAUUUGGAGUUGUUUUCUGAUAAAUGAUCUUUUUACAAAAGUGUUGACAGUUCUGACAGUGCUAACACUGUGAGAGGCACAUCUCACAAUAAUAUGCAAGAGAGCUUGCACCGACAUCCUCCAUGCCACUAUGCAUUUUCUUGCUAUAAGAACUGA